GGAGCUCGUCACCGUGUCAAGCCUUGGCCUGUCUCUGCCCUCACUGGGAAGUUCCAUCGAUUGGAUCUCCCUCCUGAGUCUCCAGUUAAGCAGGUAAACUUGUCAAAGACCUUUCAGAAAAUUAUGUAUAAUUUAGCUGUGGAAUAUGUUUGGAGUGGAAUGACAACUUUUUAUUUGUCCUUAUUUAUAGUUUGUGCUGUUUGUGGGCGACUCGCAUCUGCGUGCGUUGGUUGACCGUUACGUAAGGAUGCCAGACGGUUGCCUUUCGUUUGGGUUCCUGUCUACGCCUGGGGCGUCUGCCGCUGAGCUCCGCACUGAGUUGCUGAACGCAGACAUCCCCAGAACCCCCGACAUCGUUUGCUUGCUGGCUCCAAGCAACAACCUCACGGCGACGCCCGGCAUCGAAGCGGCUGGAGUUGCCUUCGAUGGACUUCUGAGAGCUGCCCGCAGUCGAUGGCCUAAGGUAGUUUUUGUGUUACAAAAUAAAGUGUAUUUUCAAGGCAGACUAUUUAACAGAAUUGUAUAGUGUGUAAUCCAAAACUUUUGUGCGGAUCAGGUGUUCGUGCUCGAUUUCCCUCCCCGGCUGGCGAGUGAAUUGGCACCGCAACAAUUCCUUCGAGAGGAGUUUCGUCGCGUUGCAGCAAAGAACGGUAUGUAAAAAUGAUUAAGAGAUAAUGUCAGUAUAGAAUAUCUUUGUAGGAAAGCUUUUAGUGUAUCAACACCACCUCUUGGUACCACGUGUAAAAUAUGUGUAUAGUGUAUGGUUUAAUAUUUGUUUUCUUCUGCAGGUGUAGAGUACUGCGUCACAGCUGACCGCUUUCCGCUGGACUCGCGUGCCUUGUGGAGUCGUGAUGGGAUCCACCUGAGUGACGAUCUGGGGAUGCCGCUUCUCGCGAAGCUUCUGUGGCACUUCUCCUUUCGGCAGCUACAGUCACCUCUGCCUGUUACACCUCCGCCUGUGUCUCCUCCCAAGUCACCCCCGACUGUGAGACCCUUUGCUACCACCGUGGUUGUGAAGGGAGAAGUUUCACGUCCACGUCCCCUUGACCCCUUCAAGGAAACUGUCGUCGGACGUCGCGGAAAGCGCAGCCAACCUGAGUCCUGGGAUGCGCCUGAGGACUGGGAUCAGUCUUCCGUGCGGAUCCUUCCUCAUGAGGUUUGUGUGCCUCCUCUGGUCCUGAGGGAGUGCUUUGUCGUGCUAAACCCUAUCCGGUUUAGCACUGACAAGUUGGCUGCAAUGGAUCGCAUUGUUCCAUCCAACCUUGACGUCCCCAUGGGGAAUCGCUCAAAGAAACGGAAGGUGGCACAUGGAACCACGGCUGUGGUCUCCAAAGGAAAGAAGGCCCGCCUUGAGGCACUUCAAACUCCAGCAAGGAUUGCCAAACCUUCGAAGCUGGUACCUCCCCCUCGACCUGUUCCAGAAGCUGCUGUACCAGCUACUCUGGAGGGCGUACCUCCUCCUCGACCUGUUCCAGAAGCUGCUGUGCCAGCCACUCUGGAGGGCAGCGUCUUUGUCCUGAGGGAGUGCUUUGUCGUGCUAAACCCUAUCCGGUUUAGCAGUGACAAGUUGGCUGCAAUGGAUCGCAUUGUUCCAUCCAACCUUGACGUCCCCAUGGGGAAUCGCUCAAAGAAGAUGACACGCAUUGAGGACCAUGAGCCAUUUGAACCAGCACCAGAGGUCACUGCGAGCAGUCAGCAGGUAUGUAAUUACUAG